CAGUUCAAUUUUCCUUCUUCUUCUUCCUCCUCAACAUUCUCACACCACACUCUUCACCAAAAACCAACCAUGUCAGAAGAAUCACACCAACACCACCACCACCACGACGAAGACCACCGCACUCCAAACUCACCACCCACCACCGGCACCUGCUGCAAGUGCGGCGGCCCAACAACCUUCGCACCACCACCACCCUCCCCCAACUUCUCCGAAAUCUCCCCACCACCAACCUACCGUCCCAUCCGCGCUCCGGCGGUCCCACCGGACCCACACUCCCAACGCGCCAUCAUCCUCGCUCCGGUUCCACAAGCCCAACAUGUUCCCGUUGCUUCACCGCCUUUCCAUUUCCAAAUCCCAGUCAAACGAAUCCAAUCCCCCGAUGAUAUUCGUCGUUUUCACGACUCCGAUUCCGGUAAAAACUUCACCGGAUUCAUCGUCGCAUUAUCGGAUUCCACUCGUGGCCGCAAAAUCUCGGAUCCUUGCCACCAAUCUGAAACAGUGAACACUAUUGUUUCAAUUCUCGAAACCCUAACCCUAUGGAUUGAUGAAAUUCCACCGUUACAACAAGCUGCACGUUACGGAAACAUCUCUUAUCGAACCUGGCACGAACGAUUAGUAAAUUCCGGUGAAUCCCUCAUGUUUAAGUUCCUCCCGGAGAAUCUUAAACCGGCAACAGUUGAAAUUGUUCCGUAUUUUUCAGAUAGUUUCGGUAAUGCGAGCCGGAUUGAUUUUGGAACCGGGCAUGAAACGAAUUUUGCGGCGUGGUUGUAUUGUCUAGCGAGGUUAGGUGUGAUUGGUGAGGAAGAUUAUCAGGCUGUAGUGAGUAGAGUGUUUGUGAAGUAUCUUGAAUUGAUGAGAAAGUUGCAAUUGGUGUAUUGUUUGGAACCUGCAGGUUCACAUGGUGUAUGGGGGCUUGAUGAUUAUCACUUUUUGCCGUUUAUAUUUGGGUCGUCGCAGUUGAUUGAUCAUAAGUAUAUGAAGCCGAAAUCUAUUCAUAAUAAGGAUAUAUUGGAUAAUUUCUCUCAUGAGUAUCUUUAUCUUGCUUGUAUUGGUUUUGUUAUGAAGGUGAAGAAGGGUCAUUUUGCUGAGCAUUCACCUAUGUUGGAUGAUAUUAGUGGUGUGCCGAAUUGGAAGAAGGUUAAUAGUGGUUUGCUUAAGAUGUAUAAAGCUGAAGUCUUGGAGAAGGUUCCUAUUAUGCAGCAUUUUCUUUUUGGUUCUCUCAUUAAAUGGGAGUAGUGCUUUGAGUCACUUUGCUGGGGACAUUGCCGAGGCCAAGCUAUGAACCGGGUAGAUGAGUUUGAGGAUAGGAAGCUAUUAGAGGCAUUAUAUUAUAUUUGUAGAAGUUAUAUAAUCACUUUGUUUAAGUAUUUGUUCUCUGUCGACUUGCUUAUUCUAGAUAGACUCACGUUCGUGAAAGUAAAAAGAUAAUGGAUAGAGUUUCUUCCUAUUGCUGUAUGAUGAGUGAUGACGAAAAUGUUUUUCUUCAAACCGAAUAGUGGUCAUAAGCUCACAAGAUCUGGUUAAUGUAUUUGAUUCUGGAUCUUGCAUAUUGAGCAGCUUAUUAUACCCCUUUUAUCUUGAUGAUGAGAUCUGAAAUAUUUUAAA